UUCCUCUACUAUUUCCUUGUUCCCCCAGGUCAAUCCAUUUCAUUCGAGAUUCGUGCUCAGAUUCAUCUCUCAAUCUCCUCCGUGAUUCCUCUCCUCUUUGCUUUUAAUCUCAACUUCCGAAAACCGCCAUCAAAGAAUUCUAGAGAGAAGAGAACAUGAAGAACAGCAACGCUAACACGAAGCUGAUUCUCCUCCACCCAUCGAUCCACAAACCCGCCGCCGCUUCCCCCCACCGUCUCUUCCUCCUCUUCUUCAUCACUUUCUUCGCUCUAGCUUUCUCCUUAACUAUUCUCACCACCAACUCCGUUUCAACCACCGCUACCCCUUCUCUUUCCACCGCAGCAUCUUCCUCCCUACCUUCUCCCGUCACCGCCGCCCUCCUCCACUAUGCUUCCACCGUUAACAUCACCACCCUCCACAUGUCGUCUCCCGAACUCUCCCUCAUUGCUUCGACUCUCCAUAACUGCCCUUCCUCGCCUUGCCGUUUCCUUGUCUUCGGUCUCACCCAUGAAUCCCUCCUCUGGCACUCCCUUAACAUCCACGGCCACACCGUUUUCCUCGACGAGAGCGAGUAUUUGGUCUCGUCGUUCGAGCGCAGCCACCCGGAGAUCGAAGCGUACGAUGUUCAGUACACCACCAAAGUGAAAAAGAUGCCGGAACUGUUAUCCUUGGCGAAAUCCCACACGGGAGACGAGUGCAGACCGGUGCAGAACCUCCUGUUCUCCGAUUGUAAGCUCGGGAUCAACGACAUGCCGAACCACAUAUACGAUUUGAGCUGGGAUGUAAUAUUGAUCGACGGUCCACGCGGCUACUUCCCCGAUGCUCCGGGGAGGAUGGCUCCGAUUUUUACGGCGGCGGUGUUGGCUAGGAGCAAGAAGAGCGGUGGGGAAACCCACGUUUUCGUGCAUGAAAUCGAGAGGGACGUUGAAAGCCGCUUUAGCAACGAGUUUUUGUGCGACGAAAAUUUGGUGGAAAUUGUAGAUUCUCUGGGACAUUUCAUCGUCGGCAAAGAGUACGAUAACGGUAAGAAAUAUGAGUUUUGUAAGAAUUCGACAUCAUCAUCGCCUUUGUCCGUUUCUUCAUCAUCGGGUGAGGAUGACGAUUGAUACAAUUUUCAAGGUCCAUUAAUCUCUGCAAAUUUUAUCGUUUGCAAUUUCUUUCUCUUCCUUUUCAGGUACAGAAUUGUAAUAUUUAUAAAAGUUUCAUCCUUUAUCA